UUCCUGUUGUUUAAAAAGGGUCAAAUUCACUGGAAACAGCAGAUAAUGUAUUAAAAUUCUCUGUUGUGACGACUGGCAUUCGUGGCUGUAGGUUCGGUUAAGUCAGUCACUGAAAUAGUACUGCUUUGUGUAUAGGUAUACUCGUAUUGAUGAGUUUUAUGCAUCGUAUCUGGGAAAAAACAGAUAUGCAACUUCAUUGGUAAUAUGUAUUUUUAAUGAAAAUUUAGCAGGCUAUGCCCACCACUAAUGUAGUCUUAGGUUCAUGUGCAUUGUGUGCUUGGAAUUAAAUAUACUGUAGGCUAUCAAAAGUGAAUCCCAUCACAGGAAUGGCCGAGUGUAGUGAGACAUUCAGUCUAGUUGUGUGCAUUUGAAACAUUUAAUGCCUAAGCCUCUCACAGGAAUUUGCAUUUUUCGUUUCUUAUGCACAUCUUACUGAGGACAUUGUCCGAGUAUUUUAAAAACAAUCGUCACCCUGCUAGCUAGACAUCUUAUAAUUUAGCUGAGAUUAAUACCCUUCUAUGGAAAAAAUAACCUUUUUCUUGUUGUUGCCCCGGCCGUUUAUUCAGUGCGCCAGUAUUUCCAAUGUGGCGCUCAAUGUCCAAGACGGUGACAGUCAGAAUGAUAAAUUUAAAUCUUACUGUUUGUUAGAGCAGGAAUGAAAGACUCAGUGUAGGCAUAACAGUUCAGGCAGAGUUACCGAUGGCUUCUGGAAACGUAGAGGAGAAUACACCGAGUGCCGGUUUAUGGAGGAUGGUAGGCCCAGUCACGGAGCUUUCCAAGAAGCAGUGCCGUCUGCUAUACUCCUCUCUCGGCUACGCUUCGGAUGUUUGCCUCUUCUACAUAAAGGGAGAAUUCUUUGCUAUGGAUGCUCGCUGCGCUCACUCUGGAGGUCCACUGUGCCAGGGAGAUAUUGAGGAGGCUGACGGGGUUCUCCAGGUUUUCUGUCCCUGGCAUGACUAUGACUUCAACCUCAGGACAGGGAAGUCACAGACAGGAUUACAGCAAGAAGUGUAUGAAGUGAAGGUAGAGGGAGGCAAUGUGUAUGUGGAGCACGCCAGUCCACUCUCUUUACAACCCUUCCCCUCGGCCUCAAAGAACUGAACUCUCCAGUGUCCAGAGACUCCUGAGUUCUGCAUACAGGACCUGCUGUAACAAUUCGGGCUAUUUUUAAGAUUUAUUUUACAAACCGAAGCCAUCAGAGACAUUCCUCACCUUAUCUACUACCAUAACAGGCCUUUUCCACAUGAGUCUGGCAGAGUGAGAGUCAGGGCAUUAUCAAGAGGAUCGUCUGAAGGGGAAAUUACAUCAUCUUUUCUUGUUUUUAUAUUCUUUCAAGCACUGGGACUCAUGCCAGCAAGGACAGUAAAAGGAAAUGGUGAUUGAAGGUUUGGUAAGAGUUUGGUUUGAUCUUGAUAAUUGAUUGGACUCUCAACAGUCAUUAGAAAUUAACCACCGUUUUGCUUUGGGACUUUUAAUUUACCUCAUUCAGUACAUAGUAAA